AUGGCGGAAAAUCUUCAGAAGGCAAUCAACGCCUUAUCGUUGCACGAUGAAGAACCGGUGGAUCUGCCUGAUAGUCCUAGAUUUCAUGUGUUCGAUGAAAACGCAACCAGUCUUUUGGGAAGACUCUUGAACCCUGAAUGUCAAGCUAUGGACAAGAUGAUCGAGAAGAUGCCUAGGAUAUGGAGAGUGUAUGAAAGAGUCCGUGGAAUCGCCUUGUCGCGUGACAAGUUUCAGUUUAUUUUCGAAAGGGAAGAAGACUUGUUGAUGGUGUUAAAAGACCGACCUUGGACCUACAAUAACUGGACCAUGCUGCUUGAUCGAUGGAUCCCGUCGCCGCCGGCGAAUUUCUUGACUAGUGUGGAUGUAUGGGUUCGAAUCAGUAGAAUCCCGGUGAAUCACUAUCCUCUGGAGACAAUGGACUUCUUAGCAUCCAAAGUGGGAAGAGUGAUUGAGAUCGCUUAUGACCCUAAAGCGUCCCAAAAAGAAGCGUACAUUCGGGCCCAAGUUCGACUGGAUAUAGCCAACCCAGCAAUCGCUAUUAAACCUUUAAAUCUACCAAAGGGGGGAAGAGUGAUCAUCGAAUAUGAAUAUGAGAAGUUGAGGAAACGUUGCUUUCAUUGUCAGCGCUUAACCCAUGAACGUCCAAGCUGUCCUUUCCUCAAAAACAGGGGACCGCUUCCAGCCAAUAAAGACGCUGUUAAAGAUUCACGUGUUAGGGAGAAAUCUGAUGCUAUUGGUGGAAGCUCGAAGCAGAUGCCUUUACUGAUCGAACAUCCAGUAGUGCCUCCUGGGUUUGCUCUGCUAUUCCCUGAGAUGCCUCAGAAAGAAAGAGACAUGGCCUUGCAGUACAUUUCACAUAGUGAUCCAACGGAGAGACAGGCCAGAAUCACUAGAGUGCAACAAUCUUUGCAACCAGGGUUUGAAGAUAAUCUGGGUAGUGCACCGCGCAUAUCUCAUGACAUUAAUAAAGGGAAGGGCCAUGCUUUCAACUUUCAAGAACAUGAUCGUCCAGGUAAACGAGUUGCAGUGACUAGAGAACGUUCAGCCUUUUCUGAGGCUGACUUGAAAUCUGUAAAGGAUCGGACAAGCUUCCCUUCUGACAACCUGGAAGUUUCUUCGUCUUCUUCUUCCCUUGGUCCAACGGUCUUUAGAGUGGGAACCUCUACAGGUAACCUAUGUACCGGGGCUAAUGAGGCUGUUAAGAAAAGUCGUCGUAGACCUCAACGCUGGAAACGCAUAUGCAGUCAGCGCCCUUCAGGUCAGGCUCAGGACUUAGACCAUACGGGCAAGAGAGACAGUCCAGUGGGUGAUGGAGAAGAAUCUACUGCGACUCUUGGUGGGAAUCAGGCUAAGCGAAAGGCUCCUGUGAAUGUUGGAGAACAUUCUUCAAAAUCUCCAAAACCCCUUCAACCUACGGUGGCUUCCGAUUUGAAGCCGCUGCUCCCCCAAUGA